AUGGAGACUCCAGGCUUGUCUCUUCCCAGAUGCCAUUCAGCCACAGCCAGACUACGAAACGCUGCUGUGCCCUUGAGAACAAGCGUUCCAGCGUCCUCCUUCUCCCUACAAUCAGAAACUAAGACUGUGCUGCAACGGUUCAAGCUACAGCUGGCAACAGAUCAGAUCCGCUGCCAGAGAAUACCAGCAGUUGCUGUAGGUGCAACUGCGGAAAAUGCAGCGGACUCCGCCAAGGGAGUGAUGGUGCAGAUCACGCUGGUCAGGGAAUGCGGAUUCGGUCAGGCCUUCGGAGUGGUGGGAGGAGCGCCGGAACUCGGCCAAUGGGAUCCGAGCAGAGCGCUUCAGAUGGAAUGGUCGCCUGGCCACGUCUGGUCGGCGCAAACUGUGUUGCCUGCGGGGUCACGGAUCGAGUUCAAGAUCAUUAUGGUGACAGAGAAUGGAGAUAUCGUGUGGCAACCAGGCCCGAAUAAGACAGCCGUGGUCUCUAACGCCAAGGGAAAGCAGCUUCUGCACCUCCCUUGGGACAAUGAGGAGCUUCCCCCUCUUCCCCGGACGGCGGACGCUGGCGCAGUGAAGGCAGCCGCGGUAGCGCCCGCUCCGGAGUUUCAAGAGGCGGAGCUCGCAAGCGCGAAUACGUCAGCGAAGGAAGCGGACGGGGAGAAGGCAGAGGCGGCUGCAUGCAAUGAGCUGGCGGAGGAGGUUGUAGCGCCCGCCGCACAGGCGGAGAGGGGAAGCGGCGAGCAGGCGGAGGAGAAGGCCGAGAAGAAGGCUAGGGAGGAGAAGGCAGUCGUUUCGAAGGAAGACACGAGUGCUGAGGCUUCCCCUCCGGAACCAGACGCAAAAGAGGUGAGGCGUUGGCCCUCGAGCGUGCCUUUUGUGAAAAUGGGCGGGCGAAGUUGA